GUGCAGAAGGCAGGAACACUUUGUACCACCGGCGUUUUAUUUAGCAGCAGCAGAAGGUCGUCUGUAGUUGUUCGGUACUUGACCAAAUUUUACACCAAUAACUACAAUAUGUCGUCAACUUUGUAGCAGAAUUGUUGUCUGAAAUGAGGAGUAACUCGAAGUUUGCUGAAAAAGUGGGAACGCGGCUGUAGGUCGUGUUUGUUCGGACUCGUUAUGAACCUUUGCUAGGUGGCUAACGUUAGCGUCUAACCGCUGUACGUCAGCUGCCAUUAGUUACGGCGCGUCAACGCAGAAAUCGAGAGGAGAAGCCGUCAAAGGAAGAGUUAUCAACCAACUAGUGAAUGGUAUUUUCCCUUCAGAGUCUUUGUAAACGUUACGUGUCAACUGAUAGAGCAGCCGGACUGAUACAGUGGUUUGGACUGGGUCCGGAACCCCCCUGUGUCUUGGACCUGAUCCGGGCUCGGCUCCAUAAAGUCAGGAUCUCCCUUCCUUGACCUCAGUGACUGGUUUGAUGGCAGCCGCGGCUAGUGCCCGGAGGUUACCCAUGGGUGUGCGGACAUUCAGUGACUUUCUCCAGAUUGCCACUGUGGGGUCUCCUCGCUCCAGUCGCACAGUUUUGCAAAGAGGAUGUGUGAGACAAAACAUCAGGCACUUGUCAUCAUGUGGCAUUUUAAUGACAAGAACUCCCAGAGUGCUUUGCCUUCAAGAGUGGGACACAAUGACCACUGUUCCCCAAAGCAGAAACUUCAUCAGCCUUACCAACAAAAGGAAGGAGUACUCCGAGCGUAGGAUACUUGGGUAUUCUAUGCAGGAGAUGUACGAUGUGGUGGCCAAUGUUGAUGAUUACAAGCAUUUUGUGCCAUGGUGUAAGAAGUCCCAGACCAUUAUGAAAAGAGCAGGUCACUCUAAAGCCCAGCUUGAAGUGGGUUUCCCUCCAGUGGUGGAACGAUACACAUCUAUGAUCACUAGUGUCCGGCCUCAUUUAGUCAAAGCUGUGUGUACAGAUGGAAAGUUGUUCAAUCACCUAGAGACGAUAUGGCGCUUCAGUCCUGGCAUUCCAGGUUACCCUCGUACCUGUACAGUAGACUUUUCUAUAUCCUUUGAGUUCCGCUCUUUGCUGCAUUCCCAGUUAGCCACCAUGUUCUUCGAUGAGGUUGUGAAGCAGAAUGUUGCUGCGUUUGAGCGGCGAGCCGGCAAGCUGUAUGGUCCAGAAACUCGUAUUCCACGAGAGCUUAUGUUUCAUGAGGUGCAUCAGACGUGAGCUGCGCAGCUGUACGUCCUCAUUAGGCCUUAAAACCGUACCAACAGUUAUUCCCUUUAUUUUUCACCAACCUGCAUGAUGCUACUUCUCUGUUUUUCAUUUCAAGUCUCCAUCUAUUUAUUAAUAGGUCUCAUCGCUGCUCCUGAAGAUGUAAAACAUUCAGCUGUUGUUAGCAUUAUGGUGGAUUUAUUCCUGCCUUGUCAAAUUCCUGUUCAUGGCCCUUGUUUUUGUUUAGUUUGUCAGUUUUUUUUUUUCGCUACCUCCACUAAAGGGAUCCUUGUUUGGCAAAAGGAGCCCUUGCUCUAUGGCAGUUACAAGCUGUACUAAUGUAAACUAAACAGCGAAUGACUACUGCAUGGUGUUAUCAGUAAUAGUCAACUAUGAUUUUACAGUAAAUGAGCUGCACAACAACUGCAAAAAAAAAAAAAAAAAAAAAAUCACUCUUAUUUUUGUACAAGACACCCAUUGAUGCUUAUUUUUGCUCUUGACUGGGAACAGGUCACAUACGGUGACUUUAAAGGACUGGUCUGUAGGAUUUAGUGGCGUCUAGAAGUGAUGUUCCAGAUUGGAACCAGCUAAACAUUGUUGUUACAGAUGAUCAUAGUUUAAUGCAGAUCUAAUUAUUCCAUUGUAAAUAAAGUUUUCUAAAUGUUACACACCGGUCCCUUAACGUUAUUGUCAGACUGCUACAUCAUAUUUUAUUUAAGUUACAGUGUGAUCAACUUUUCAUUACACCUCAGCACAGAUCAUUUAGAAAAGCUUUUUCUUUGCCAUUACUCUUAUUUCAAAGGGAAAUUUUCAUCUUUUGCAAAGUUGGUGAAAAAUAAAAUUUUUAAUUUAUUCAGCAGCGGUUAUCUGCAGAGUAAUGUUUUAUUGGGAUUACAUGUGCCAUGUGUUAAGAUGAGCUGUCUCAGUUGGGAGACAAUAUAGUCAAACAUUUUCCAAGGGGAAAAAAGUCAUGUUAUGUUAGCAGUGGCCUCGAAUGAUUUGGAGUUUGGGGAAUGAAGCUUUAACUUGGCUGUUAUGCUGUGGAUUGCUGGAUUUUGUUUUAGGCCAGCCAACUCAAUAAUGCCUUAUUUUACAGCCCAGCUCCAGGAACUAUCAAGUGAUUAACAGAAGCGAGGGAAUGUGAUGUAGUUUUGCACAACUAAGAGCACCUGAAAUUCUAAAAGUGGUUAGUUUUAUUAUAUUUUUAAAAUUAAAGUAUUAGCAUGGGUUUUCAUUUUCUACAAAGCUGCUUCACGUAACGGUUGAAAGGUGUUUUUGAUAUCUUUGAAAUCUAAAAUAAAGUGAAAUAACUUGGCAUCCUGUGAAUUGAUUAUGAGCACACACCUCUACCAAGUCCACAAUCUUGUAACUCAAACAAACGCCCUAUUUUGUAAUUUUAGAAGAAUUAAGAUAAAAUCUAGAGUUGUUACUGGAGGUAACAAUUCAAUUAUUUAUUCAAGUGAAAUGUGUUCACCUCUGCUGGUUUUAUUUUGUCUUAUCUUCAGAAGAACAUCAGGAGGAUGUUACUUGUCUGACUUGCACCUUCUUAGUAAAACUAUACACUGGUGGGCUGUAGAAUAAAACAUUAUCAUUUAUCAUCGUGAGUUUCAUGCUUAGUUUUAGUUAAAUUUUCUUUUGUUAUUGUAACUUUAUUAUUGAUGCAUGGAUGUAUAAAUGUAACAAACAGGUUUUCACAUUUUACCCAUUGCAUUGUUUGGGCAUGAUGAUAUUUUCAGAUUCAUAUUUCACAUCUGUUAUAUGAACAGUAUAUUUCAUAUCAUACUGUUAACUGAUUGUACUAGUGACUUUUAGAUGAAUCUAAUCAUUUUUGCUGCCAAAGGUCACCCGAAAAACAAAUGUGUACACCUGCCUCGGGGGCAAAUCAUUAUGUCAAAACAAUUCAAGUCGUAUACUUAAAAACAACUUUUGGGAUUUUUAAAGUUGAUGUGGUUUAGUAUAAAAUGAUUUGAAAUAAAAACACAUAAAAGGAUAAAUACAAGUGCAUGAGGAAUGUGCAAUAAAUUAAUUUGUGAAUUGCACAUAACAUUUUAGCAGCAGAAUAUUUAAUGCCAUUUUGAGUGUUCAUAAGCCAUAAUAAAGAGAAAAAUGUUGGUUUUGCAGCAUAAGAUGCAUCUCUAAACCUUAAGUAUCCUUUUUUUUUUUGGGGGGGGGGGGGGGGGGGGGGGGUUGCUGGGUGCUAUUUCUCUACAGCAGAUAUAAUACAGAUAUGUUUUCAGAGGGCAGUAUUUAAAAGUAUUCUAUGAUCACAUCAGCCUUCCAUCCCUGCUGUACAUUUCUGCCUCUGCAUUCAGGUAUACAACUGGUUUUUAUUCUAACAAGGUUGGAGAAAUGACUCACUGACAGUUGCACAAGUAGAAAACAACUGCCUUUAUUUUACAGUCUGAUCACUUUUUCUGUUGCUGGCUAAAUGACUCUUGUACUGUAAAUAUUGUGGGUGUGUUUCAGAGUGUUAUUUAAAAUAAAAAACUUAAAAUGU